ACGUUCCUAUAAGCAGUCCUAUAAGUUUCUCAUAGUGUAUUACAAGACGCACUAAUAAGCAAUCAAAACUUCUUAUAAUAUUUUUCAUAGACAGUUAUAACACUGUUAUAGGAUAAUCCUAGAGAACUCUUGUAGGCCCUUAUUAGUGCGCCAGAUUGGCUCAUAAUGGUCUGAGAGACAUAUAUGAGCUAUCUACAAGCGUUCUCUAGGAUAUUCAUGGUUUUAUAAAUUUUACUUGAAGUAUUCAAUGAGAAUACUAUAGAACUUAUUUUGUUCGUUGGGCUGUCCCCAAGGAGCUGCGUGGUGUGAUAUCCGGACGACGGCAGCUUCAGAUGUCCUCCUCAAUUGAGUGACAAAACCUCGAGUGUAUCUCUAAGCUAUAUUUCAGGUUUAGUGCAAAAAUGAAAAAUGUACACAUCUGCCUGGGAUUUGUGGUUCUCCUAACGGCAGCCGUGGCCCGCGUAGCCGGCGGGCAGUCGCAGCGCCCCAGCUCAAGUCACCGCCUAGACGUGUACAUUGCCGGCUUCUUCCCCUAUGGCGAUGGCGUUGAGAACGCUCACACGGGGCGCGGCGUUAUGCCGAGCGUGAAGCUGGCCCUGGAUCACGUCAAUGAGCACUCAACCAUCCUCCGCAACUACCGGCUACACAUGUGGUGGAACGACACAGAGUGCAAUGCCGCCGUGGGGGUGAAAUCCUUUUUCGACAUGAUGCACUCGGGGCCACACAAACUGAUGCUCUUCGGCGCUGCUUGCACGCACGUAACGGAUCCCAUCGCCAAAGCCAGCAAACACUGGCACCUCACGCAACUCUCGUACGCUGAUACGCACCCAAUGUUCACGAAGGACGCCUUUCCCAAUUUUUUUCGCGUUGUUCCCUCCGAGAAUGCCUUCAAUGCACCCCGCCUUGCCCUGCUGCGUCGCUUUAACUGGACCCGUGUGGGGACAAUCUACCAAAAUGAACCCCGAUACUCCCUGCCGCACAAUCACAUGGUGGCCGAUCUCGAUGCCAUGGGCAUGGAGGUGGUGGAGACGCAGAGCUUCGUGCAGGAUGUGAGUGAGUCCCUGCGGAAGCUGAAGGAGAAGGAUGUUCGCAUCAUUCUGGGGAAUUUCAACGAAACCUGGGCACGACGGGUAUUCUGCGAGGCGUAUCGGCUGGAAAUGUAUGGGCGAUCGUACCAGUGGCUCAUCAUGGGAACGUACAAUGCAGAGUGGUGGAAUACAUCGGCAGACUGCAAUCAGGAGGAACUCCAAACGGCUCUUGAGUCCACCAUUAUGACUGAUCUUCUACCUCUCUCCACAUCCGGGGACAUUACAAUAUCAGGAAUUACACCCGACGAGUACCUCACGGAGUACGAUAAACGAAGAGGCGGGGAGUACUCGCGAUUUCAUGGCUACACCUACGACGGCAUUUGGGCUGUUGCCCUGGCCAUACAGUACGUGUCACAGCGCAAAGAUCAACUAAUCAAUAAGUUUCAGUAUCGAAUAAAAGAGUGGGAGAAUAUCUUCAUUGAGGCACUCAAGAAUACAAGCUUCGAAGGCGUCACGGGGCCCGUGCGUUUCUACAACAACGAGCGAAAGGCAUCGAUUCUCCUGAAGCAGUUCCAGACGGGCGUUGAAGUGAAGAUUGGCGAAUAUAACUCAAUGCAUGGGCACCUGGAUCUCUCCCUCGGCGAACAGAUGCGAUGGGUUGGUCGAUCACCACCCAAGGAUCGUACGGUGCUACUAAUUGAGCACAGCCAGGUGAAUCUCACCAUUUACGCGGUCCUAGCUAGUUGCUCCGUCGCUGGGAUUAUUAUGGCCGUUAGUUUUCUCAUUGUGAACAUAAUGUAUCGCAAUCAGAGGUACAUAAAGAUGUCGAGUCCGCACCUCAAUAAUCUCAUCAUCAUCGGCUGCAUGCUAACGUACCUCAGUGUGAUCUUCCUCGGCCUCGAUAGUGGCCUCAGCAGUAUUGCAGCCUUCCCUUAUAUCUGUACAGCAAGAGCUUGGCUGCUAAUGGCAGGAUUUAGUCUCGCCUUCGGUGCUAUGUUCUCCAAAACAUGGCGUGUUCAUUCCAUCUUCACGGAUCUCAAGCUCAACAAGAAGGUCAUUAAAGAUUAUCAAUUAUUCAUGGUGGUGGGCGUUUUGUUGGCCAUCGAUUUGGCAAUCAUGACUACAUGGCAAAUAGCUGACCCAUUUUACAGGGACACUAAGCAAAUGGAACCGUAUCCCCAUCCAUCACUUGAGGACGUCCUAAUCGCCAGGGAGAACGAAUAUUGCCAGUCGGAGAAGAUAACCGUCUUCAUUGGCGUCAUUUAUGCAUACAAAGGCCUCCUCCUGAUUUUUGGGGCUUUCCUCGCAUGGGAGACUCGGCAUGUCUCCAUACCCGCCCUCAAUGAUUCCAAGCAUAUCGGCCUGUCCGUCUACAACGUGGUCAUAAUGUGCAUCAUGGGGGCAGCAAUAGCAAUCGUGCUGUCCGACCGCAAGGAUGCGGCCUUCAUUCUAAUCAGUGUCUUCAUAAUUUUCUGCACAACGGCGACGCUGUGCCUGGUAUUUGUGCCGAAAAUUGUGGAACUGAAGAGGAACCCCAGCGGCGUGGUGGACAAACGAAUUCGCGCCACUCUGCGUCCCAUGUCGAAAAAUCGACGGGAUUCAAGCGUGUGCGAACUCGAGCAGCGCCUCAGGGACGUCAAGACAACAAACUGCAAGUUCCGAAAGGCGCUCAUGGAGCGCGAGGCCGAGCUCCAGAGUCUCAUACGUAAAUUGGGACCAGAGGCCCGGAGCUGGCUCGAUGGUAGUCUCGGCGACCUGGAGCCGCUGAAGGAUACCGCGUCGCGACUCUCAGUUCCACCUAUACGGCGCGAAAUGCCUAGCACAACGGAAACCACGGAUCUCACCUCAAUCGGCAGUCUCACGUCCACACAUGCCGAUCUCGACAACUCAUUGACACCAAAUCAACGGAAACGCGUAACAACAAUCUCCUCGGGGUCGGACAUCCCCAUCACACAGCCCUUGAGGAUUGAGGAACGAUCCGUCCACUAUGCAAAGCAGUGCAACGAUGUCCAGCAGACACAGAUGCCCAAUAUGGAGCGUCGUGGAACGAUGCACGAGAGCAACAGGAGUCUCAAUGAGAUGCAACCCACUAUUAAGUACUCGCCGUCGUCGAGGAAAAUGGAGUUUGCUGAACAGAAUCGUCCCAAAAUGAAUUCACACAUGAACUCCUCAACACAUUCCGUGACCCAUUCCAACACAGAACUCAACAACAUCUGCCCACAUGCUAAAGGUAGUACGAAAAAUCUCAGUGCUGAGCAACAGAGGCGUGUGAGUCUCCAGGUGGGCAGUGCUGCGAUAAAGGGGGGCUUUGUUGUAUCGCAGAGUGACCUCUGGGACACACACACGCUCUCCCACGCGAAGCAGCAUCAACGUCAAGCAGCUAGGACGUGUCAGAAUGCCGUGCGGUGUCAGGAGCACGGCUACCAACCACCGGCUGUGCAGCAGCAACAAACACAAACGCCAGAACAUCAUCCGCCCACCAUGUCCCCGCAGGCUCCAAUUCAGCGCAGUGUCUCUGAGAAGAAUCGCACGAAGCAUCGGCACAAGAGCAAGGCGAGUGCGUGCCAGAGUGAGACGGACAGUGAGCGUGAGCGUGAAUCUACGCCCACGCAUACGUGCAGUCAACCAGCAGCUGGAGGGCGGAAGUUGGCUAAAACAAUGCAGCAUCAUGCCCAUCAUCGGUCAUCGCCCAAUGUUGCACCAGGACACAAGCAUCGUCAUCGCACGGAUUCCAGCAUCUACGGUGCCAGCUCGGAAUCGGAACUUCUCGAGGAUGGCGGUGACAUCCUGCCCAUCUUCCGGAAACUCCUCACAGAGAGGGAGCCGAGGUAUCGCGGUCGCAGCAACAUGGUGGGUGCCAGCUGUCCCAAUAUCUCCAUUAAAUGCGACAUUGUGGAGUAUCUGUAAAUCCCCCCAUUAUCCUGCCCCCCCGGGCUCAGUGAUGUGCCACUGACGCAUUAUAGACAAUGGCGCCCCUUUUCUACCAUCGCGCGACGCACUAUAGCUGUGUACAUAAUGUAAAUAUCCUCCCUCCCUCUCCUGGUGUAGGUUCCCCACACCAACUACCACACCCCUCGAGAAGAUCCUAAUAAUUAAUGUGGAUUAGUUGACAUUUAGACGUAAGGCGUAGGAAAUUUUCAAUUUUAUAGGAAAACGCAUGAAAAGUAGGAAAAAAAGAUAAACCCAUUUGGUUCUAGGCCACAAAGAGGUAUAGGUUAGCUAAAUUCAUCGUCCAGUGUUCAAUCAAGUAAUAUGUAUGUACAGAAAUACAUAUAAUAAGAAGCAUUAGUAAAAUAAUUAAAUUAAAUCUCAUUUCAAUGCUGCACAAAAUGAUUAAAUAAAAUUUUAAUUAAUUAAAAAAAUUAAAAAUCAAUUCUGAAUUUGAAAAAAAAAUUAAAAGAUUUAGAUGGAUUUUUCAAUUUGUCUGAAAUUUUCUUUUUUGAAAGAAAAACAUCUUGUUGUCAUUUAUGAUCUCGAUGGAAAAUAUUAAAAUUAUUAAAGGAAUAUCUUGUUAAUAAUUUUAAAAAAAUCAGAAAGGAAUUUUUCUUUUAUGAUAAAAAAAUAUAAAAUAAUAAUCAGAAAAACCAUAAAUUAACAUACUUUUGGAAGAAAGAAAAAGGACAUAUAAAAAAUAUUAAAAUACAUAACAUAAAACUCUAAUAAACAAAUCAAUAAAGAACCUUUUCUUUUGAAAAAAGUGAAAAUAAUUCAUUUAAUAUUUUUUAAGAAUAUUAAAUGUUCUAUACAAAAAUAAUUUUUAGAGAAAUUAAAUUUUGUCUCUUAAUUUAUUAAUUUUUGUUUAGUUUGAAGAAAAUUUUGAAUAUGUAUUUUCCCAAGAUAUUUACAGUCAAAAUUAAUUUCUCUAUAAAUAGAUUUUGAAAAAACGUCUCAAAAAGUAUCAAGAAUUUCUCAAAAAUUUAUUUUAAAAUCAAAUCAUUCAAAAUACAACAAUUUCUUGAAACGUUGUAAAGCCACCCAAUUAGCACAAAUUAAGUCUAGAUAAAUAUAUUAAUAUUUUUCUUAAGACUAAAAAAUAGCAAAUAAUACAAAUCGGCGAUAAAAGAAAUGAAAAAUAAACAUAUAAAAAAAUUAGAAAAAUGUAUAAAAAUAUUUAAAUUAAUUUACUUGUUUAUACAAGAAAUAAGAAUGUAGAAAAUUGUAAUAAAAUGGCACAUCACUGAUCCGCUGUAGAAAAUAAUAUACAAUGUGGAAUUGAUACCGAGACAACACUGUGCAAAGCUAAUAGGUUGAGAUACAAAAAAAAGAAACUUUCUGCUUUUCUUGUAAACAUUCUCCAUCCCUCCUGUGGGAAGAAGAUAUAGAAAAAAAGGAGCUAAAGAGAGAAUUUCAAAGUUAAUUUCAAUUGCAGGAAGGUUUUUAGAUGACCGAAUGCGGUAAACUCCCUCCGGGAUGGAGCAUUUGUAGCACAAAAGUUGCAAAAUGUUGCACAAGAUGAUGCUGGAACAUUCCCAUGAAGCCAAGAAAAAGAAGAAAAAAAUAGAUGAAGGAAAGAAGAGAGAAGUACUUACAUAUAGAAUGAAAAGUUGAAAGCUCACACAUAUUGCCCCAAAACCACCCCCGUACGUCCCGGAAAACCACCCUUUUCUUUUGCAAUUUAGGCAAAAUCCUCCUCAUCACCGCAUGCCGUGUGUGCGCUCUUUGCUCAACAAAAUAAUAACAUCCGACACAUUCAACCCCCACCUUUGCCAAAAAUCCCGCAAGAAGCCCUCAAUGGAAAACCUCCCCCAGCCCGCCAGCCCCCUUGCAUCAACAAGAGAAACCACUUUUGCCAAAAUAACGAUAAAUAACUAACAAUGAAACCUCAAUUCUCUCUGUGUGUGUGUAUUGUUAACGACAAUUUUCGAAAACGACUUUAGAACUCAUUUUCACGUGUAGAAUUUUCACAACAAAAUCACAUUUUCCCGCCCCCACCCCCUCGUGAAGUAGUAUUUAUAAAAAGAAUUAAUAGAACUAAUAUAUAGAACAAAGAAAAACAUUAUUGCAUAAAUGAGUAAAAUAUAUAUAAAAAAAACAAAGACAACUGAACAAAUAUUUUAUAAAUAAAAUUAUUACCAUAAAUUAAAAAAAAAAAAAGUAAAAAUUGGAGUGACUAAAAGUGGAUUAUUAUGGAGUAAAAAAACUAAUGAAAUAUUUAAGAAAUAGUAAAAUUAACAAAGAAAAAUAAAAGAAAACAAAUACAAGAAAAUGGAAAAAUUUAGCACAGAAAAUAGAUUGAAUGAAAACAAAAAAAUUAACGUAGAAAAAAUAGCGAAAGAAAGCAAACUAACACAAGUGAGAUAAAAAAAACGAAUUAUUAGUUCUUAAAAAUUGAUUAAAAGAAAAAUUAAAUUGUAAAAUGAAAACCAUAUUCUAAAUUACAUGAAGAAAAAAAAUAUGCGUCAAUUUUUUUAAAUUAAUGUCGUUAAGCAUAAGAAAAUUAUAAAACAAAAAAAAUGAAUUUUUGAACAUUCUGCGAGUCUCAAUUAGGCGAAUUUUACGUUUUAGCAAUGCGCAUUGAAUUAGGAAACAAAAAUAAAUAAAAUGAGGCAAAUAGUCGAAUCAUAUCCAAAAUUCUCAAAUUUAGCUCUACUUACGCUAAACCACACGAAUUCUGAGAAAAUGUUUUUUUUUUCUAUAGACGAACAUCGAAAGCCAUUUGUUUUGGACAAAAAAUCACCACCACUUAAAAAUUUUACUAACAAGAACAGAUUUUGAAAAAAGACAAUCGAUUGAAUGUUCUAGAUAAAUCAUUCAAAAAUAAAUUAGAAAAAAACACUCCACAAGCAAAACACUUUUUGAAGAAAAAAAAACUCACCAUUCGCACGUGUCAUUAAGAAAAAAAAAUAAUAUAAAAAAUAUAUUAAUAAAAAUAGAUCAAUUUUAUAGUAAAAGAAAAAUGAGAAAAAAAUGUGAAAGAAUAGUAGAAAAAAGUAAAAAAAAAACACUGUAUAAGCAUUAAAAUAAUAAUAUGAAAAGAAUAUUUUAUAAAGUGUCUUCCCAAAUAAAAGUAAAUUAAAAAAAAAAUGAUAAGAAAUGUUAUGUUUAAUUUCUAAUUUUAUGAUUGUUAGUGAAGAUGAAUUAGUGAAUUUAAAAUUUGAAAAAUUAAAUUUAAACUGAUAAAUGUCUCAAAUAAAUAUGAAUUAAAAGAGACUUUUGUUGGCAUUUUUAUUUCUCAUUUUACUCUUUAUUUAUUACUUCUCUACCUCCAUGACAUUCCUAUCUCUCUCCUUCCUCCGCAUACAAACAUUAUUUUUCCACCCAAUAAAUAUAUAUAUUUUUUAAUGUAUAUAUUUCUCUUUUAUUAUCCAAAACAAUUUUCACCUCGCAUCACAACAAUAGCGGCGAAACAUUUCUCUCUCUCUCGUGAAAGAGGGAAUUGAAUUGAAAAAUUCAAAAGGGAGAGGUGGAGUGAGAAAUUGCACGGAAAGGAGCAUUGAGCACAUUUUCUGUACAGAUUUUUCAAUUUUGUUCCACAUACACGUCCUUUCUCUAUAUUUGAUGAAAGAGCCAGAACACGCGGAGUGCACACAAUAUUGGUUUUCUGCUGGAGUAAUAAACACAACACCGCGCUGCAAUACCAGUAGCGAUGAGAGUCCCUUUUGUUUAAUAAAUUUGCAAAUCACAAAAUGAAAAGCUUUUAAUGGAAUGUCAUCAUUUUACAACAUCAAUUUGCAUGUACAAAUUAAAAUAUUUUAUAUUCAUAUUAAAUUGGAAAUAAGGGCGGAAAAUUCCUCCAAAAUUUGGGAGAUUCUUUUUUAUUUUCCUAAAAUGAAAAGACAUUCACACAGGUUGUUAAUAAAAAUUGCAAAAAGGUAAGGAGCAUAAUACAUACUGUAUUUUACAUACUAUAAAGCAAAGAAAGAAAUGUUUCUUUAAGAACAAGAAUAUAAAAAAAGCAAAUUUUUUACAAAAAAAAAUGAAAAGGAGCUCAUUCAUUGUUCAUGCGAUGAUUUCAUUCUAGAACAUAAUUCAAAGCAUUCAAAGAAACUCGAAGUCUUUGUAGUAAAGGAUCAGACAGGAACAAGAAAAGCCAAAAUGAUUUUAUCAACGUUUCACUGGAAUCAAAUAAUCGGUAAUUUGCCCAAAAAGCAAAGAAUGACGCCAUCACUUUUUUUUGUAUCUUAUAAUCCAUGAAACAAUUACUCUAAUGUUUCAUUGAUGAGUUUAGACAAACUACCCUUUAAGCAUUUUUGAAAAUAUUUUCAUAACAAGUGUAAAAAUAUUUUUUAAAUAGUUUCAGGAGCGUUUUAAAAAACUGAUUUUACUGUUAAAACUUUAUGAGGAAACAUCAGGGCGAAUGUUUCAUGGAAAUAGAACAGUGACGUCAUUGUUUGAAUUUUCUGCAAAUUAUUGUCGUCUUUUGCAGCUGAUUUCAAUGCAAAAUGACGUGUUUGGUAGUUUCCAAAUUCUUUUCGAUCUCUUACAUGAUUACAUAAACUUCGAUUAUUUCCUUGAAUAAAAUUAUGUCCCAUAUUUUGAUGAAUGAACUCCUUCUGAAUCUUUUGAUUCCUCAAAAUUAUGUAUAUAAAAGAAAAGCGUCUAAUUGUAUGUAAAAUACAGUAUGGUCCUUUCAUUUUAUUCUCUGAUCGUCUGCAUAAAUAUAGGAUGUUAUGGGGCAGAGGUGGAGGACCAUCUUGAAGUUCAAAUAUUAAAAUUGCUAAAUUAUUGAGGGCUGCGAAUUUAAAUGUGCGUGUGGCGCAAGAAAAAAAAAUGAAAAAGAUUUUGAUCGUUCCACGAUGGAAAAUUCCUUUCGAAAUUAAAAGCUUCUCUCCCACUUUUGCUUCAUCAAAAGUUGUGCAAUUUCCCAUUUCCUCUCAUUUAUUAUUUGCGCUAUACCCACCCUCACACAGAUGGGGGUAAGGGACUCAUCUCUAUGGGAGCACCCACUCAAAGAUGCAAACACUCUUCGGGGUGCUAGCGGGAUAAAAGUCAUCCCCGCAUAGAGGAAUUCAAUGAGGGAACAAAUAUUGAUUUUUUAUCCACCCUGUUGACUCACAGAUCCCUUUUGCAAACUAAUUGAUGAGUUUCUUCAUCUCAUGCGCCCCCCUCACCAAAUGCACACACCACACACAAUGCAUUUAUGCCGUGUCCAACAUAAUUUUCCUCUUUACUUAACUUUAUCACAAUUAACAUCUCUCCCGGCUCCAUUCUUCUUCGUCUGUGGCUCAUUAAAAAGUGAAAUACUGUGCGGAGUUAAUGAAAGAAAACAUCCAGAAAACGCGAGAUAGAGGAAUUUUCUUCAUCAUUGCUAAAUUAAAUAGCUUUUCCCUGUAAUAUACAAAUUCUAUUACAAAGAACAACAGAUAAACACGCAAGUUCAACAUCUUUUAUGCUCCAUUUUUUAUGCCACAUUACAUACACAUUACUCUUCUAUAAGUAUUUUUUCUUUAAAGUUCUUCCUGACUCUAUUUUAAAUGCAAAAUUGCAAAGAGAAAUAUUUUCUACAUGAAACUCUUUCAUUUGUCUAUAAAAUCAGUCAAUUAUUUUUUUUUCUUCAUUUUAUUAUUAAGUUUUUUUUUUAUCUUCUUCUCCCCUUUCUCAAUAAAAACUACGCAGAUUGAGUUUUUUUUUGUCUCAUUUAAAAGGUAAAUAUUUCGCACUAACAUACAUUUCUCAUUUUGGCAGAUCAUUAAAAUGCAGUUUUCUUUUUUUUUUCUCUUAAUAAGAAAAAACCUUUUUCUCACGUACAUCCAUGUGAGACACAUGAUAGAAAAAUUCUCGUGAUAAGACAAAUAUAUAAGUAUAUAUUGUUUUUAUUUCUUUGACAUAACUCAUCAUGAAAGUUAUAUGAGAAAAAGUUUUGCAAGAUACUCUUAUAAUUUAUACAAUUACUUUCCUCUUGAGGAUUUUCUCCUUCACCAGCUUCCACCAUAUACACACAUUCUUUUCUUAUAAGAACACAUUAAGUACCACAAAGAGAUCAAAGUUGAGGCCUCUAUAGAUAAAAGUGUGGGAAGGAAGAUAAUGGCUUUUUCUCCUAAACAGCAGUCAGUGCCUUCUAAUACACAACAUGGCAGAUUUAUGAGGACACGAUGAAUGUUUUUU